GCACCCGGGCAGCAUAUAAAGCCCUCCUCGCUGCCUUGGCCGGCCAGCCUGUUUCUGCCUGCCUCUCCUCCCGGGACCAACCCAGAUGGAUAUCUCCGUUUACCAUCCCUUCUUCCGCAAGCCCGCCGCCGUGCCCAGUCGCAUCUACAACCAGACUUUUGGGGAACACCUGGCUGAAUCCGAACUCUUCCCCGCCUCCUGGUCCUUUAGUUCUUUCUUUUGGAGGCCCUACUAUCUCAGGAACACUGGCUGGCUGGAAAACAGAUUCGCAGAGAUGCGAAUGGAUAAAGACAAGUUUUUUGUGAACGUGGACGUGAAGCACUUCUCUCCCGAGGAGCUUAAAGUGAAGGUUUUGGGGGACAUGAUUGAAGUGUGGGGGAAACACGAAGAGCGCCAGGACGAGCACGGCUUCAUCGCCAGAGAGUUCAGCAGAAAGUACAAGAUCCCGGCCGACGUGGACCCGCUCUCCUUCACCUCCUCUCUCUCUUCGGACGGUGUCCUGACGGUGAACGGACCACGGAAGGCAGUGGAGGUGCCCGAGCGGACCAUCCCCAUCACGAGGGAGGAGAAACCGGCGCUGCCAGCCGGGCAAAAGAAGUAGAACUGGCCCCUUUUAUACCCGAGGACGCCCACUGGACACAAGGCGAGAAGAUGGCACCGAUGAGCAGCUGCUGUUAUUUAUUUGUGAAACAAAUGAGGUUGUUUACUAACAAAUAAAGACCAUGAGUAAAGCA